CUUAAAAGCGUGUGCCACCUGCACAUGUAUAAAGAAAGUAUAGAAAAGAAAAAAAAAAUUGCUUACAUACGUUCUGUGUUGUAAGAGCUCGAAAUGGCAUAUAAAAAGAAUUCAAAUCAAGAACCCUGCGACCACAUGUUCAAGGUUUUGCUCCUUGGAGAUGCUGGUGUUGGAAAGACAAGUUUAAUGUGGAGGUUUUCGGACGAUAUGUUCAAUCAUACUUACAUCUCUACUAUUGGAAUCGAUUUCAAGUUACGUACUAUUGACGUGCAAGGAAAAAAAAUUCGUCUGCAGAUCUGGGAUACCGCAGGCCAGGAGCGAUUUCAUGCCAUCAGUGUGUCGUAUUAUAGGACCGCGGCUGGAAUAAUGCUUAUUUACGAUAUUAGUCGCAGACGUUCGUUUGAAAACAUUGCAAAAUGGCUUCGGAAAAUUGACGAACAUGCGAAAGAAGAUGUCAUUAAACUAUUGAUAGGAAACAAAUGCGACCUUCAGCCUCCAAGAGCUGUCAAACGCGAAGAAGGGGAACAGCUAGCUGACGAGUACGAUAUGACUUUCUUCGAAACAAGCGCUAAGGAAAAUGAAAACAUCGACGAAGCUUUUGAAUGUGUCGCAAAGGAAAUCCUUUAUAAAUUUCAACCAGAAUGGAGUACAAAAGAACAAGACAAGGUUACAAACGGAUCGGUAGUUGACAUAAAGAAAAAGAGUCGCUUUGUGAGGAAAAAAGAGAAAAAUUGCUGUUAAUUUUUUUUUCUCUCAGUCCGGCAUAAAACUGAAAAAAAGAAAUCAUUUUCUUUAUUUAGGUUUCUGUAGCUUGUGACAAGGAAUAAUUCAUUUCAGUUUCAUUGCAGUGGCGAAAGAUCACGCUAACUGUUGUCCCUUCAUAGGGAAUUAUUUACAUUCUCUUUCGAUGCAGGUACUCAAUAAAUAUUUAAAUAUCUUUUGUUCAAAUUUAGUGCAUAAUCAGAAGAUUAAACUGCAAUAAAGAAUAACAGCAACUGUUU